CAGUGGCGUAUAGGCGCUUCCGUAUCUACAAGCUGGGUAAAAUUUUGUCCGCACUACCAGGUGUGGAAAGAGCAUCAAACGGGUGACGUCCACGUUUGCGUAUCCAAUGUAGAACCAACAACUUUAAUAAUAACUGCCCAAUCCUGACAAUUGUAGAGUCAACCUUAAUCACAAAAGUGGCGGUGAACUUGAGGCGGUAAACAAAGCGUUGUUUACGUUCAGUGCAUACAUGGACGAGUGGAAAAUUUAAAUAUUUGACAGUUGCAAAACUAUUGUAACCAUAUAAUUUUUAAAAAAAUGCAUCAAAGUCUGAGAAAUUGCAUUCGCGAUUUAUUCAAUAAAGCGCAAACUAGUAAAACAUGUCACAAAAGUGUUGGAGAAAAGCUGAAGGCUUGCUAUGCAAAGACGACUCUUGACGAAUUCGCUGAAGAAUUUAUAGCAUGCCUCGUGGUUCCUCUAUCUUAUGCAGAUAAGCAUCCAGUCGUUGAGAAUUCAUUAAUAUUUGCCGCAAAUUUUGCUGUUGGAUUUCAAUCUUAUGAGGAUGUGGACAAUAGCGAGCAAAUGGAUCCUUUCAUGUUGAAAAUAUUUGACUUUCUAAUGAAAUCACAAAUUGCCGUUGAUCCCGGUGUGAGAUUUCGUGUUUGUUAUUUUUUAAAUAUGCUCCUAACGGCAAUGGGCGACGAUGCUUACAUCGAUGAUAUUCUUUGUGACAAAAUUAUUACCACAAUGUUGGAUCGAGUACUCGACAGAUCGUCCAAGGUUCGGGCACAAGCUAUUCUCGCACUGCAGAGACUUCAGGAUCCAACGGAUGAUGAUUGUCGGGUCAUGAAAGUGUACAUGUUUCAUUUGGCCAAAGAUCCGAGCAGUGAGGUUCGCAGAACUAUUUUGUCCUGUAUGGCCAGGACUCAGAGGACGCUACUUUGUGUUCUGAGGAGAACGAGAGACAUCAACGAUCUAGUGCGGAAGGCUGCUUAUCAAUUUCUCUGUAAAGUCUCUGUGAAGUCGCUGAGUAUAAAGCAAAGAGAGGAAUUACUUAACGAUGGCCUCAGGGAUCAAAGUGACAUUGUUAAGAACUGCGUCAAGAAGGAAUUGAUCGACUCGUGGUUGCGAAAUUAUAACGGCGAUUUUCUUGCAUUGCUACGUGCCUUGGAUCCUGGAAUGAAUAUCAAAGGAAUGGAGUCGGCAGUUUUAACUCUAAAGAGUCUACUUGAAACUUCCGAAAUUAAGACCUUGCUGGAGCAAUUACCAGUGGAAGUGCAAACACGGCUAAUACCGUUGGAUAAAAUAACUUGUGAGAAUGUACUCUUCUGGCGGUGUGUAGCGGAGCAUUUAAAACGAGAAGGUUGUACCGAGGAUUUGGAGGAAAUAGUUCCAGAACUUUCGCAAUUUUGUACAUUUAUUAGAGAAUUAUUGGCACUCAUCGAUUCGAAGCAAUUGGAAUCGUGGGAGAAAACAAUGUAUCAAUUUAUGCUUUGUCAAUUGUUCGAAAUGUCGAAAAUUUACGAUCUGUCGGAUGAGUGUGGAAGGGAAAAUUUACGAUCAAUAAUGGUCGAUACAUUGAUGCAUGAAAUUUGUUCAGAUAAAAUUGUUCAGUGUAUUGUUGAAUAUUUUGAUCAAGUUAUUCCGGAUGUUGACAGAAGACUCACGGCUUUGGUGGAAGUUAUCAAUGAAUUGCGAAGGCCGUCGAAACAAACUCAAACGCAACAAGUUUGUCAAUUAACGUCAACCCAGGCGAACGAUAAGAAUAUGCUGAAAGCGAAGUUAAAAGUAACACUAUUGGAAUUAAAAGAAGACCAAUAUAACGAAAUUCAGAACAAAAACUACCUAAGAGCCGAGGAAUUGAAAGUGCAGAUAGAGCGAAUAACUGCUGAAAUUCAUCAAAUAACAGAGGAACUUGAACUUCCAACGGUCACGGAAGAUGUUGGAGAGGAACCAUUGAAAAAUGACUCUCACACAAUGACGAUAUGUUUAGAAAUAAUGUGCUCAAGUAUGCAAAGUCCUUCCAUUAAGACAUUACAUCCAACCUUGAGAAGUAUACUGGAUCAUAUUGUUAUUGAAAACUUGGGACAUCAAGAUGUGUCUAUACACGAAUUGGAACUGAAGUCAAUUGUUAUUUGCUGCCUACUGGAUGGAGAAUUGGCCAAGAAGUACUUCACAAUGUUCUUUCUCCCGUUCACUGAAUUUCCAGAUGAUUAUAGAAUGUGGAUUACUGCGCUCAAGGCAAUUUUCGAUUUGCUCUUGCGCUAUGGCUUGGAGUUCUUUGACAUUGUUCAGGCGGACGACGAAAUUGAUGCCAAUGACAAAAGUAAACGGAACAGAACUGUGAGAUUGUAUACGGAAAGCGAUGAAGUUUCGUCCGUAAAUGUUGAACGUUUUGACAUUGAACAGGGAGGAGACAAAUUUAUUAAAAUAAUAACCGGAUUCUUGGAUCAUGAAGAUCCAAGCGUGCGCUUCACUGCAGCAGAGGGUCUCACAAAAUUAUUAUUCUGCAGAAGAAUCAACAGUCCACGAUUGUUGGCGCGCUUGAUAAUUCUCUGGCACAAUCCACUGUCUGAGGGAAACACAUAUCUCACACAGUGCCUCUGCGCCUUCUUCAACAAUUUUUCUGUGCAUGUUCCCGACAGUCAAACAAUGUUGGAAGAAGCGUUUUUACCAACGCUAAAAACUUUAGCGAAUGCUCCCGAAAGAAGUCCAUUGCAAGCCAUUGACCCUCUGAAAGUGUGCGAGAUUAUUUUAAGUCUCACUAGACAAGGAGUUCAUAAACGUUCAUCUGUCAACGUCCACAACGAUCUUGUCUUCACAAUUCUUUCCGAAGUGUUGAAUCCAAACUGCGAAAUAGAUCCAUCUGUUUUAAUAAGGUCCAUGAAAUUCCUGGAAGUUAAGAUGGAAAUCGAAUCUUUAAAGGAGAAUUUGAAGGAAGCGUUGGAUAACACAAUUGAAAAGGUACAAGAAAUUGAUAAACGUUUAGUUAAAUACAUCGAGCAAUUUAAGAACAAACUGAAUGCUAUUGAUGCGAGGGAGGCACAGGAUGAAGAUAAUGUUAGUGAAGCCAAUAGUGAAUCGUCAGUUGAUUCAUCACAAUGAAAUAAUGACAAUAAUUUGAAAUUAAUUUUCAAAAAGUAUUUAUAAAAAAUGAUUUCUUAUAUUACAAGAUUAUAUUUUUUAUAUACAUUAAUUUUGUAAAUAAUAAUAAAUUUUCGUAAGCAAACA